AUGUAUAUUAUUUUCAGGCUGGUCGACGACAGGUGUGUAGUAUGUCCUGAAGCUGGAGAUUUGUCGAAUCCACCGAAGAAAUUCAGAGAUUGCCUCUUCAAAAUAUGUCCUAUGAACCGGUAUUCCGCCCAAAAGCAAUUCUGGAAGGCAGCGAAACAGAGUGCGAGUUCGGGCACUGAUGCCAGCUUGCUCAAAAGACUUCACCAUGCGGCCGAAAUCGAGAAAAAGCAAAAUGAGACUGAAAACAAGAAACUGUUGGGCUCCGUGGUUUCCUACGGUAACGUCGUCCAGUUGCUGCAUCUCAAGUCCAACAAAUUCCUGACGGUAAACAAGAGGCUACCGGCGUUGCUGGAGAAGAACGCGAUGAGGGUUUACUUGGACGCGAACGGAAACGAGGGCUCAUGGCUUUACAUAAUGCCGUUCUACAAGCUGCGCAGCGACGGCGACAGCGUCGUCGUCGGGGACAAGGUGAUCAUGGAGCCGGUGAACUCGGGUCGUCAGGGCCUCCACGUGGCUGCCAAUUACGAACUGAGCGACAAUCCCGGCUGCAAGGAAGUCAACGUCGUGAAUUCGUCCACCUCCUGGAAGGUAACCCUCUUCAUGGAGCAUCGGGAGAACCAGGAAGAGAUUCUUAAAGGCGGCGACGUGGUGCGACUGUUUCACGCCGAGCAAGAAAAGUUUCUGACCAUGGACGAGUAUAAGAAAAAGCAACACGUGUUUCUCAGAACGACGGGCAGGACCAGCGCUACCGCGGCCACCAGCAGUAAAGCCUUGUGGGAAGUCGAGGUGGUGCAGCACGAUCCGUGCAGAGGCGGCGCUGGCCACUGGAAUUCACUCUUCAGGUUUAAACACUUAGCAACUGGCCAAUAUCUCGCCGCUGAGGUUGAUCCGGAAGAACCACGGGAACCCGUGAAGGGCAAGCGCGAUCCACCUGGACCGGUCUACAGAUUAGUGUCGGUGCCGCAUAGUAACGAGAUUAGCUCGUUAUUUGAACUAGAUCCCACAACGCUAACGCGGGGCGAUAGUCUGGUUCCGCAAUCGUCCUUUGUUAGAUUACAUCACAUAUGCACAAAUACUUGGGUCCAUUCAACAAGCGUCCCGAUCGAUAAGGAUGACGAGAAGCCCGUGAUGUCGAAGGUGGGUUGCGCGACCAGCAAAGAGGAUAAAGAGGCUUUUGCCUUGAGAUCCGUGUCGCCGGUCGAAGUGCGUGAUUUAGAUUUCGCGAAUGACGCCUGCAAGGUGUUGACGGCGAUGAACAGCAAGCUGGAAAAGGGGACCAUCUCGCACAAUGAACGAAGAGCUGUCAUUAGCUUGCUGCAAGACAUCGUAUACUUCAUAGCUGGAUUAGAGAAUGAGCAGAAUAAAUCCGAGGCGUUAGAACUGAUCGUUACAAAUGCCGUGAGGGACCGCCAGAAAUUAUUGCGCGAACAGUACAUUCUUGGCCAGUUAUUCAAAAUAUUGCAGGCUCCGUUCUUGGAAUCUGCAGAGGGUGAGGGACCAUUUCUUAGGAUAGAGGAGCUCAACGAUCCAAGACACGCUCCAUACAAAUACAUGUUUCGUCUAUGUUAUCGAAUACUCAGACUUUCUCAACAGGAUUAUAGAAAGAAUCAGGAAUACAUUGCUAAAUAUUUUGCCUUUAUGCAAAAACAAAUCGGCUACGAUAUUCUAGCGGAAGAUACCAUUACUGCGCUUUUACAUAAUAACAGAAAGUUGUUGGAAAAGCAUAUAACAGCUGCUGAAAUAGAGACAUUUGUGGGUCUUGUUAGAAAAAAUAUGCGUAACUGGGAAUCGAGAUUUCUGGAUUAUUUAUCGGAUCUAUGUAUUUCUAAUAAGAAAGCAAUAGCUGUGACACAAGAAUUGAUUUGUAAAAGCGUACUUAGUGAAAAGAACAAAGAUAUUCUGAUAGAAACAAAAAUGGUGAAGACCCAGGUAGAAGUUGAAGAUAUUGAUGAGAAACAAGAAAAUGCCGAACCAAGAAUCACUGUUAUAGAAGAGUUUGAAGUUCUAUUGGAAUGGAAUAAUGGAACUAAUUCAAUGUCUUUGAGUGAAUUAUCAAGAGGAGCGAAAAUGGGAAACAUUCAAGACGCAGCGAUAUUAGAUUAUUACAGGCAUCAGUUAAAUCUCUUUAGUAAUAUGUGCUUGAAUAGACAGUAUUUAGCGCUAAAUAAUCUGUCACCACACUUGGACAUUGAUCUUAUACUUAAAUGUAUGGAAGAUGAAACAGUGCCAUACGAAUUACGGGCAUCAUUUUGCCGACUAAUGCUACAUCUUCACGUAGAUAGAGAUCCGCAAGAACAAGUAACUCCUGUAAAAUAUGCUCGUCUUUGGUCAGAAAUUCCGUCAAAAAUGAGCAUAAAUGAUUAUGAUACGAAUAAAAUGCCGGACGAAAGUAAAGAGGCUGUUCGUACUAGAUUUAGUUCGACAAUCAUGUUUGUUGAGGAUUAUCUGUGUAACGUUGUCGCGAAAAUGUGGUCUUUCGGCGAUCAAGAGCAGAAUAAGCUCACAUUUGAGGUUGUCAAAUUAGCACGUGAUCUAAUUUACUUUGGAUUCUACAGUUUUAAUGAUCUAUUAAGCUUAACAAAGACAUUGCUUAGUAUUUUGGAUUGUAUAUCAGAGAAUGAAUCCUCUGAUGGAAAGACGGGUAUACCUACGGGUGAUAUUGAUUCUGAUACGGAUGAUGAGGAGGCAGCUGAAGGAGGUAUUCUAAGAUGCAUUGGCGAUAUGGGUGCCGUGAUGACGAAUUUAACAUUAGGACCAGCCGGUCAAGUGCUAGCUAGCUCUUCUCCAAGACCAAAGCCAUUAAUGAAGAAGGAAUAUCCCUUAGUGAUGGACACAAAGCUUAAGAUAAUCGAGAUCUUGCAGUUCAUUCUGGAUGUUCGAUUGGAUUAUAGAAUCUCUUGUCUUUUGAGCAUAUUCAAACGAGAGUUCGAUGAGACAGCAUCGACGGCUGCGGAGAAAACGGGAGAUGUUAAUCUAGGACAAAAAGCUAUUGAUUUAGAAUCAAUCGGUGCACAGGCAGAAGGAAUAUUUGGUAGCAGCGAGGAAUGCGCAGCGCUGGAUUUAGAUGGCCAAGGAGGUAGAACAUUUUUACGCGUUCUAUUACAUCUGGCUAUGCACGAUUAUCCUCCAUUGGUCUCUGGAGCCUUACAUUUAUUAUUUAGACAUUUUAGCCAAAGGCAAGAAGUUUUACAAGCAUUUAAACAGGUGCAGCUUUUGGUUUCGGAUAGCGAUGUAGAAUCAUACAAACAAAUAAAGGCAGAUUUAGACAUUUUGCGCCAAUCUGUCGAGAAAUCUGAGCUUUGGGUAUAUAAAUCCAAGGCAACAGAGGAACAUGGAAAUAAGAAGAAGAAGAAGAAGAGUAAAGAAGAAGAAGAUGAAGCUACAGUUCCUCGCAAAACACCUCUAUUAUCUACAUUAGACAAACAAGGGUCUGCUAUUGAUUUGGAUAUCGGACCACCCUUACAUCCCGAUCAAGCGGAAGAAUAUAAAAAGAUUCAGCAAAUACUAAUGAGAAUGAACAAAUUAUGUAUUCAAAAUCUGCCAGGCGGCCAAGUAAAGGCACGCAAACACGAACAGAGACUUCUGCGCAAUGUCGGAGUACAUACAGUCGUUUUGGAUUUAUUGCAAGUUCCAUACGACGUCAAGGAAGAUGUCAGAAUGAACGAAUUAAUGCGUUUGGCACAUGAUUUCCUACAAAAUUUUUGUUUAUCUAAUCAACAAAAUCAAGUUCUUCUGCACAAGCAGCUGGAGCUGUUCUUGAAUCCCGGCAUAAGAGAGGCGCAGACAGUAUGUAGUAUUUUUCAAGAUAAUUCUGUUCUUUGCAAUGAAGUCGGUGCGAAAGUCAUACAGCAUUUCGUACAUUGCAUAGAAACGCACGGAAAACAUGUGCAAUAUUUGAAGUUUUUGCAAACUAUAGUGAAAGCUGAAAAUCAGUUUAUUAGAAAAUGUCAAGAAAUGGUGAUGCAAGAGAUGGUUCAAGCCGGAGAAGAUGUUUUAGUCUUUUACAACGAUAGAGCCUCGUUUAAUCAAUUUGUGGAAAUGAUGCGAUCUGAAAGACAUCGAAUGGAUGAGAGCAGUCCUCUUCAGUAUCAUGUAGAGUUGGUAAAACUUCUAGCUUGUUGCACGAUGGGCAAAAACGUCAAUACGGAAAUUAAAUGUCAUAGCCUCUUGCCGUUAGAUGAUAUUGUUGCUGUGGUGUCACAUCCAGACUGUAUACCAGAGGUGAAAGAGGCAUACAUCAAUUUUCUCAACCACUGUUACAUUGACACAGAAGUUGAGAUGAAGGAAAUUUAUACGUCGAAUCACAUGUGGUCUUUGUUCGAAAAAUCUUUUAUAGUUGAUAUGGGUUUAAUUGCCACGUCCACCCACGAUCGACAACAUGCGGAUACAUCCUUGGAGACUUACGUAACAAGUUGUUUAAUGAACAUCAUAGCCACAUUUUUCAGCAGUCCGUUUUCCGAUCAAAGCACUACCGUACAGACAAGGCAACCUAUAUUUGUCCAGUUGCUUCAUGCAGCUUUUAAUGUAUCACAAUGUGCAUGGCUAAAUGCUGGACAAAGAUUUAACGUCGAGAAUUGUAUACGAACACUGUCAGAUGUAGCUAAAGGAAGAGGUAUUGCUAUACCGACUGAUCUGGAAAGCCAGGUUGCUAAUAUGUUCAACAAAGCAGCUAUGCUGAGCAGACAAACCAGCAAAUGGUUGCAAGCUACGAAACAACCAAAGAUCGAACGUAGUCAGAGUCAGUUUAUGCGUCUAGAUCGAAGUAUUAUAGAAGGUCUACAGGACAUAGUGUCUUUGUUAGAAGAACAAUUGAAACCCUUGGUACAGUCCGAAUUAUCUUUGUUAGUGGAUAUUCUCUAUCGACCCGAAUUGCUGUUUCCUGCAGCUACUGAUGCGAGAAAGAGAUGUGAAAAUGGUGGAUUUAUCAAGAGAUUAAUUAAGCACACUGAAAAAUUGUUAGAAGAAAAAGAAGAAAAAUUAUGCGUCAAAGUCUUAAGGACACUCAGGGAAAUGAUGGCUAUCGAUCCUGAAUACGGAGAAAAAAACGAAGGUAUCUCGGAAGAGACGGAGUCAGAAACGAAGGGCGAGUCACAAGUUGGAACAGGUUCCAAUGAUCAGUCUGAGAAUCGACAAAUGACUCAGCAAGAGCCGGGAGACGCAUUGAGAAACAAUCUUUUGACGCGUUACUUUGGCAAAAGUUUUAUACAAAAUCCAGAGAAUGUUGAUAUUGGAGUAUCGCGUAGCGCGACUAUUACCCACGGUCCAGGAGCGAAGAUAUUAAGCCGAGCUGGUAGAACCUUGCAUGAUGUGCAAAGUCAUCUCGACCGCGAAGGUGCUUCAGAUUUAGUGGUAGAAUUGGUGAUUAAGAGUGUACACUCUCCGAGCAUAUUCGUAGAAGUCGUGGAACUGGGUAUCGCACUCUUGGAGGGUGGAAAUCCCAUUAUACAAAGGAGUAUAUUUAAUAAAUUAAUGGGUGCCGAUUUAAGCCAAUCGUUCUUCAAGGUAUUUUACGAUAAAAUGAAAGAUUCUCAGCAAGAGAUUAAAUCUACCGUGACAGUAAACACAUCUGACAUGGCAGCGAAAGCACAUGAGGAUAAGGAGGGCAAAGAAGUAGACAAGUUGUCGCGAAAACGUGGAUCAGGAAAGCCUAAUGGAAUGGUAAUAACCGAUGAGAUGCACGAGGAAUUGAAUCAGGUCGCGGCGUCCAAUGCACAGGCGUACGCAAAUAUACGCAACGGUCUUGGACCUGGCGAAGACGCGGCAAAUAACGCGUUAGACGAUUUAAGCGAAAAGUCAGACAAAUAUAAAAGUGGCAGUUCGUCUGGCGCUGAAAAGGAAGAGGGUCAAUUGAGUCCUAAAGUUCUAGUGAUGCAACCAAUUCUGCGCUUCUUGCAAUUACUCUGUGAGAAUCACAAUAGAGAAUUACAGAAUUUUCUAAGAAAUCAAAAUAAUAAGACAAAUUUCAACCUGGUGUCGGAGACACUCAUGUUUUUGGACUGCAUUUGCGGCUCUACUACCGGCGGAUUGGGCCUUCUUGGCCUUUACAUUAACGAGUACAACGUAGCGCUGAUUAAUCAAACUUUGGAAACGUUGACGGAAUACUGUCAAGGACCGUGUCAUGAUAAUCAAAAUUGCAUUGCCACACACGAGUCUAACGGCUUAGAUAUUAUAACGGCAUUGAUACUGAACGAUAUCAAUCCUCUGGAAAAGACCAGAAUGGAUCUGGUACUGGAAUUAAAGAACAAUGCCAGUAAAUUGUUAUUGGCGAUUAUGGAGAGCAGAGGCGACAGUGAGAACGCUGAAAGGAUUAUGUACAACAUGAAUCCGAAACAGCUUGUUGAUGUAGCAUGCAAGGCUUUCCAUCAGGAAUCAUUGGAUGAUUCCAGCGACAUCGACGAUACCUCGACGAAUGCAGAAGAAGGAGUGUCGCCCAAAGAGGUUGGGCACAAUAUUUACAUCUUGUGUCAUCAAUUAGCGCAACACAACAAAGAAUUGGCAGUGAUGUUGAAGCCAUCAGAGCAGAAUAAUGCGGAUCCAAAAAUUAACAAAGCAUUGGAAUAUUAUGCAUCUCAUACGGCUCAAAUAGAGAUUGUAAGACACGAUAGAACACUUGAACAAAUUGUCUUCCCGAUACCGGAAAUUUGUGAACUUAUAACGAUGGAUACAAAAAUAAGAGUGCUGAACACUACAGAACGAGAUGACCAAGGAUCGAAAGUUUCCGAUUUCUUCGAGAGAACGGAAGACAUGUUUAAUGAAAUGAAAUGGCAAAAGAAGCUUAGAGGACAACCAAUGUUGUUCUGGAUGAGCAGUUAUAUGUCGUUAUGGAGUAACAUUUUAUUCAAUUGUGCCGUUCUUAUAAACCUUAUUGUAGCGUUCUUUCAUCCGUUUGUGGAUUCUGUGCCUAAACUCAGUUAUCAUCUAUCAGCUUUAAUUUGGACGGUCAUGCUUGCGUCUGCUGCUAUCGUUAUUACUUUGCCAAGGGAAUCCGGUAUACGUACAUUUGUUGCGUCAACGAUAUUGCGAUUGAUUUUUUCUGUAGGCCCAGAACCGACAUUGUGGCUGCUCGGUUUAGUUACGAUUGGAUUAAAAGUUGUACAUCUUAUAAGUAUUAUAGGUAAUCAGGGUACCCUGACUAGAAGCGUAGAGCAAAUAAUAACAAAUAUCGAACUUUUGUACCACAUGUUAUAUUUAGCAUUCUGCGUUCUGGGAAUUUUUAUGCAUCCAUUUUUCUAUUCAGUUUUACUCUUUGAUGUAGUUUAUCGCGAGGAGACUUUGCUCAAUGUAAUAAAAUCCGUAACUCGAAAUGGAAGAUCUAUUAUACUCACGGCUGUGCUAGCCUUGAUUUUAGUUUACAUGUUUUCCAUUAUCGGUUUUAUGUUUUUCAAAGACGACUUCCUCGUUCCUGUGGACGAAGAGAUUAUAUCUUCCAUUGAGCAGAAAGUUGCGGGUACUUGCAGCGCUGGCGACAAGGAAAACUGUGAAGCCACGGAGACUGUAUCACGUUAUGCUAGCGAAGCAAAUGAGCGAGUGAGUAAACCCGAAAUAAUUAAUAUCGGCGGAGAGUUGAAAGAACGAACAUGCGAUUCACUCGUCAUGUGUAUCGUUACCACGUUAAAUCAAGGGUUGAGAAAUGGUGGUGGAAUAGGAGACAUUCUACGAGCACCUUCCAGCGCUGAACCUCUGUUUGUUGCAAGAGUCGUAUAUGACUUACUAUUCUUCUUCGUCGUGAUAAUUAUUGUUCUGAAUCUCAUCUUUGGUGUGAUUAUUGAUACCUUUGCGGAUCUCAGAUCGGAGAAACAGCAGAAGGAAUUGAUUUUGAAAAAUACUUGUUUCAUUUGUGGAUUGAACAGAUCAGCUUUCGAUAACAAAACAGUUUCCUUUGAGGAACAUACAAAACAUGAACAUAACAUGUGGCAUUACCUCUAUUUCAUUGUCUUGGUGAAGGUGAAGGAUCCAACGGAAUUCACGGGUCCGGAAUCAUACGUUUACGCCAUGGUUAAGGAUCGGAAUCUGGAAUGGUUCCCGAGAUUGCGGGCCAAGUCAUUAGCAGCGGACGAAGGUGAAGGAGAACAAGUGGAAUUAAGGAGUCUGCAGUCGCAAUUAGAAUCCACGCAGAUGUUAGUCAAAUGUCUGUCCCAGCAACUUACGGAGCUUCGUGAUCAGAUGACGGAGCAACGAAAGCAGAAGCAGCGGCUAGGCCUUCUGAAUUCUGCUUCUGCAAUAUUGCAUAAUGUACCCACGCAAAUUUAAGAUAUGUAUUUUAUAGUUUCUUUCUUAUUCUGGACGGAAUCUCAGUUUGAUACUUUAAGACGGUACAUACGUAAUAUUCGUGUGUUCUUAACUGGCAUUUAAAAAUGAGAAUUAUACCGAGUGGGUAACCCGAGGCAUUUUUACGGUUUUGUUCCUAAUUUUAAUGAAAGUCAAAUACGCGCUUAGGGCAUUAAGAUUAUCAUUCUCCCUUUACCGUAAAGACUCUCGGCUCAGUUUAUUGAUCAGUCAUCAAGGAACUCGAAUACCGUAAAUUGCAUUGCCUAUCAUUGUAUGAAUAUUGUUAUGCAUAUAUAGAAAAAUUAACUGUAUCCAUUGAUAUAUUAGAACAGAUAAAUCACUAAAAUUUUCCAAUUACUAAAAUGUUAUAAGGUAAUAUUCUAAUAUCUAAUAUCUUUUAGAAUAUUCUCAUUUUUAUGUGAUCACUAUAUUAUGUUUUUAGUU